AAAAUCUCUCUCUUUCUUCUUUCUUUAAAAAUCGACGGUUGAGAUGAGACGACAAGGUCGGCAACAUGGUAUAGUCAGAAGUUACCGGAUUCUUCCACCACCGCUUAACACAAGACCGGUCACCUCUUUGACUUCAUCACCUCAAACCUCUGAGUUAUUAACCACAUUGCCAUCGAAACCAACCAAAGCUCAGAGGAAAGUGUGGCCUGGUCAAGUGCAUUGGGUGAGAUCAAACGACAUUGCUUCAUCAAGCUACAAACUGCUGACGUGGCGGGUCAAGACAGAACCUGUUUUGAAUCUCCCUAGUUUCUUGGAUCCUAACCAUUGUGAAGACAUUGUAGAAGAAGAAGAAGCUGGACUUGAAACGGUGAAGACAGAGCAUAAUGGAGAUAACAGCGAGAAAGAAGAUGGUGGGUCUCAUGAUUAUGAUGAAAGUAUGAGUUUUUACGAUGUGGGGAUGAUGAUGAUGGAACAUGUGUUAGAUGACAAUGAAGAAGAAGAUGGUUGGUGUUUGGUCUAAUGAUGUCUCCUUCACAUGGAUCAGCUUUUUCUUUUUCUUUUGUGAAUGUUACUUUGAUUAUUUUACAUUAUCUUUUUGUGUAAAGUGAAUAGCUUUAUCAACAACAAACCAAUUCAAGAUUA